AUGCAUUGUACCUUGGUUACUCUUUUCGCCGCAGCGCUCUGCCUUAUCCCUGGCGUCCAUACCUUUACCAAUCCUUGUAUCUACCAGAGUUACAAGUGUGGCUUUAAUCUAAUCAAUGACUAUGGCUACAACCUUACCGAGCUCGCCGCCGCUGUCGCCAGCACGCCAUCUAUUCCCCCCCUCCCCGACGUUUUGCUUCUGCAGGUCACCUACCGUUGCAUCAAUAUUAGCGGAGGGAUAGUCGGCAACGCGUAUUGCUUUGCGGGCUGCAUCAAUAUGAACGGUACUCUGGUUAACGACCAGUGCGUCAUGUAA